UUGGGGGGCUGCUGUUUCCUUAAGCCUAGAAGGCGUGGUUCCUAACGUUCACGGUCCCGCCUCUCGCCGCCUCCGCCCGGCGGCUCCACGCGGAGUCCAGCCCUCUCCGCUGGAGAGGUGAGCCAGGGUCUGAGCGCUGGGACCAGACGAGCGGCUCCCAAAGGCUGGCAGAAGGAGCCCAGCGGGGCUCAGCCCCAGUUGCCAGCAGUCUGCAGGCAGAGGUUGUGGAGGUUAAGGCUCCGGGGGCAGCCUCAGGGCGUUGCCCUAGAAAACGCCGUUUAAGGAGAGACUUGUUAGUGUCUCAGGGCGUCUCCCAGGCUCCGCCGGGCGCCCCCUGCCAGCGCCGUGGGCGAGACCCCAGCCCACUCGCUGCUACUGGAGACGGUACCUCUCGCACCGGGCGGGCAGCCUCGUCUCUACACCCCUAGGGGGCGCCGCGCUCCUCAACGCCGGGCCGGCUUCGCUUUCCCAGACGGCUGCCCAGCCUCCAGCUUAGCAAGCCCGGCUCUCACCCGGCCAGCCCGGGCAAUGCCGGCGUUCCGGGGGCGCAACGUCGGAGGUCACUGAGUAUCUAGCUCGGAGCAGUGACGGCCGGCCGGAGCGUGCUCUUUCCCGCGGCUUGUGGUCUCCGGGAGUCCGGAGCAUGGUCUUGGGUCAGCGUUGGUGGAGCGCGUUGGUCGAACGUGGACGCCCAUAGGGAGGAUGGUAGGCUGGGGGGUGGCCAUUCUAUGUUUGUGGGUUUCCGGCGCUGCAGCCGGACAGCUCGAGUACUCAGUGCCAGAGGAGACGGAGCGGGGCGUAGCUGUAGGUAAUGUUGCCGCGGACUUGAGGCUGCCAGCGGCCACUCUGUCCUCGCGGAACUUUCGCUUCCUUUCCAGCCACCGGGAGCUCUACUUCGGGGUGGACCUGGCAAGCGGCAGCUUGGUGGUCACAGAGCCGGUGGACCGCGAGCGGCUGUGCGGGGCCAAAGCUCCCUGCAUCUUGACCUACGACCUGGUGCUCGAGGAACCGCUGGAGCUGCACAAGAUUCGCGUUCACGUCCUGGACACUAAUGACAACUCACCUCUCUUUCCUGCCGGCGACUUGCAGCUGCACAUCCCGGAGUUCCUGAUGCCCGGAGCCCGAUUUGCUCUCCCGAAUGCUCAAGAUGACGACGAGGGAAGCAAUGGGAUGCUAAGCUACAGCCUAAGCCCCAGCCAGCACUUUCGCCUGGACAUGGGAUCGCGGGUUGACGGAAGCGAAUACCCGGAGUUGGUGUUGGAGAAAGCACUGGAUCGCGAACAGCGCGCCAGCCACCUGCUGGUGCUUACAGCUCGGGACGGCGGGCUACCUGCCCGCUCAGGAGACGCACAAGUCACUAUCAUUGUGGUGGACACAAAUGACAACGUGCCUGUAUUUGAGCGCUCCGUAUACCGCACCAAGGUUCCAGAGACUGCACCCAAUGGGACUGUGUUAUUCCGAGUUCAAGCCUUGGAUCCAGAUGAAGGGUCCAAUGGGGAAGUCCGAUACUCCCUAAGCAAUAGCACGCAAGCAGAGCUGCGACACCGCUUUCAUGUGCACCCUAAAAGUGGGGAGGUGCAAGUAGCUGCUUCACUAGGUCCGCCUGAAACGCUUUUGGAGGCAUACAUUGAGGCGAGGGACUAAGGUGCCUUUGGUCUAGCUAGCACUGUCAAAUUGUUGGUGGAGGUGACUGACGUGAACGAUCAUGCCCCUGAACUGGACUUCAUGACUCUUUGGAACCCAGUAUCUGAGGACGCUGCUCCUGGCACAGUGAUUGCUCUCUUUAGUGUAAAGGAUGAAGACCUCGGUUCCAAUGGUAGAGUCACUUGUAGCAUGUCCAGUGGAGGCCCUUUUCAGCUGACGGCUUCCUUUGACAACUACUACAGCCUGAUGAUUGAUGGGCCCCUGGACCGGGAGCAGAUCAGUGAAUACCAAGUCCUAAUCACGGCCUCAGAUAGUGGCUCGCCCCCACUUAGCACCCGAAGGGUAAUCACUGUGUCAGUUGGUGAUGUGAAUGACAAUACACCAAGCUUUCCUCAACUGCAGCAGGAACUUUUCGUUGCUGAAAACAAUGGUCUUGGGGCGUCUCUAGGCCGAGUGUUUGCCCAGGACCUCGACCUGGGGAAGAAUGGCCUUGUCUCUUAUGAGCUGUUGGAUGUUAUCUCUGAGGGGCCACCAGCCUCUAGCUUGGUGGCAGUGGAAUCAUCCAGUGGGGCCAUCACUGCCAAAACUUCCUUUGACUUUGAGCAGCUCAGGGGGUUUCACUUUCAGGUAGAAGGCCGGGAUGGUGGCAUUCCUCCCAGAAGUGCGACAGUGACUAUAAACUUGUUUGUGGUAGAUAGGAAUGACAAUUCUCCGGUUAUCUUGUUUCCCUUGCCCAGAAAUGGUUCUGUUCCAGUGGAAAUUGUGCCCCGCUCUGCCAGGACUGGACACUUGGUCACGAAAGUGGUAGCAGAGGAUGCAGACAGUGGUUCCAAUGCCUGGCUUUCCUACCACAUCUCCCGGGCAUCUGACUCUAGUCUUUUUAGAAUUUCAGCCAAUAUAGGUGAGCUCCGUACUGCUCGCUUAGUUCUUCCCACUGAUGCAGUUAAGCAGAGGGUGGUGGUAGUGGUUCAGGACCAUGGAGACCCACCACUUUCCUCCUCUGUCACUCUGGGUGUGCUGUUGAGCAACUCUGUCCCUCAGUUACUUCCAGACUUUGAAGAUGUCUGGGAACCAGGAGGGCAGCUUUCUGCCCAGAACUUGUAUUUAGUAAUUGCCUUGGCCUGUAUUUCCUUUUUAUUUCUGGGGUGCUUACUUUUCGUCAUGUGUACCAAGUUGUGCCAGAACCCAGGCUGUUGCCCUCAGAGCUGCUGUCGCUCUACAGAGGAUCUGAGGUAUGGAAGGAAGAUGGUUUCAAAUCCUUGCAUGACAUCAGCCACCAUAGAUGUCACUACAGUUGAGAGACUUUCUCAGACUUAUCUCUAUCGGGCCUCUCUAGGACUUGGUUCUGAUAAUAACAGUUUGCUGUUGCGUGGGGAGUACAAUGCUGCUGACCUGCAAAAUCUUGCCACUGGGGUAGGACUGAAUUUGCCAAUAUCCUGCAUUCAGGUUCGGAAUAGGAAAGGGGAUCACACUAAUGUCAAUGCCAUGGUAAGCAAAUUUUAUGGAAUUUGAUUCCUUUGACCAGGAGAUGGCUGCUAGCUAUGUUCUGAAAUGUUUCUUAGACAAGCCUUUAGCAACAUUUCAUCAAUUGAAUUAAACACUCCUUUUUAGCACUUUCUGUGCUAAGAAAUCUGGGGAUAUAGAAGUAUUAGAAGAUUGUCCUAGGCCUCAAGGGGCUUAUAGUUUGUUUAUUUUUGAGAAACAAGGGUAAAAAAUUAAAACCUAUUUAAGAACAAUAAAAGUAAUAUGGCAUAAAUGUC